GUCUGUCCGUGCACGUUGAUUCUGCUUCCUAAGUCCCUGCAAAUCAGCUCCCUGCUACUCUUGAAUCGUUUCCCACAGAAUCGCCCCUCGCUCAAAUUCUCUUCCUUACUUCCUGCUUUGUUUCAUGUGACAACUGAUGACGGAGGAGCUUCCAGUUGAAGUGAUUGGGAAUAUCUUGUCGCGACUAGGAGGUGCUAGGGACGUGGUAAUAGCCUCUGCAACAUGUCGGAAGUGGCGAGAAGCUUGCCGCAGGCAUCUUCAUACACUCUCAUUUAACUCCAAUGACUGGCCUGUUUACCAUGAUUUAUCAACUAGUGUUCUGGAGAUACUGAUAACUCAGACUAUAUUCCAGACUAUUGGGUUACAAGGCCUGUCUAUUUUGAUGGAAGAAGUUGAGGAGUUCUCAGCUUCAGCUGUGAUUGCUUGGCUGAUGUAUACCAGGGAGACCUUGCGGCGGUUGCAUUAUAAUGUUCAUACUACUCCGGGUGUCAAUAUUCUCGAACUUUGUGGUAGGCAGAAGCUGGAGACUUUGUUUUUGUCACAUAACUCGAUCAAUGGUGUUGAGCCGAAUUUCCAUAGGUUCCCUUGUCUGAAAUCCCUUGCUUUGAGCUAUGUCAGCAUCUCUGCUCUGGACCUUAAUCUUUUGCUCACUGCUUGCCCGAAGGUCGAGGCACUUGAACUUGUGAAUCCCGAGAUUGCAAUGUCUGAUGCUCAGGUUACUAUUGAGUUGUGUAGUCCUACUCUGAAGAGUGUCUAUGUUGAAGCAAUUAGCUUGGACAAGUUCAUAUUGGAGGCAGACAGUAUCGAGUGUUUGCAUUUGAAGGAUUGUGCUCUUGAGUUAUUUGAGCUGGUAGGAAAGGGGACCUUGAAGCAUUUCAAGAUCGAUGAUGUUAGUCUCAUACAUCUGGAUAUCGGCGAGACAGUUGAUAAUCUUGAGAUCGUUGAUAUUAGUAACUUCACCAUUUUUUGGCCCAAGUUCUACCACAUGAUCUCAAAAUCCUCAAAAUUGAGGACACUUAGGCUUUGGGACGUAGUCUUUGACGAGGAGGAAGACGUGGUGGAUUUGGAAACUAUCGCCAAUUGCUUCCCACAGCUUAGCCAUUUAUCACUGAGCUAUGACUUGAAAGAUGUGCUACUUCAUUAUGGCUUGCAAGGGAAUUCAAAUCUGCAGAAUGUGGUCGUGUUAGAGCUUGGUUGGACUGUGAUCAACGAUCUCUUUUCACAUUGGGUCGAAGGGUUACUAAAACGGUGCCCCAAUCUGAAGAAGUUGAUUCUCCAUGGAAUCAUUUCAGAGGCCAAAAGUCACGAGGAGUGUCAGAUAUUGUCUGGUUUCUUCUCAUGCCUCUUCCAACUCAUGGGGAAGUAUACUGCUGUGGAUGUGCAGUGUAAGUUUGACUAGUCGGGGGUGUUGUUUAUGAUUGAUUUCGAUGAGGUGUUAAAGUUUUUGCAUAAAAAACGAGUCCCGUAAGGAUUGUGUACAGGUAAAAGUUUACAUCUUUAGAUCCCCAGGAACCCACUGAUAACAUCCGAUGUAGUUUCUUCUGCUAUAGCAGGCAGACUAUGUUUUGCCGUGAGCUACAACACAUGCUGAAUGUAGAUGAAUACUCUUGAUUGGUUUCUGAACUAUCUAGUGAAUGCUCAAAAUGGUUGAUUCGUUGAUAAUGCUUCUCCCUUUCCACAACAUGGAGAGAUCAGAGAUAGACCAAAAGCCUUGAUCUUUCAAUUUGAUAUUUGGGGCCAACUUACAUGAGUUGCUCUAAGUCACCUUUAUCAUCUUGAUUCAUCCUUUUCUCA